AUGUCCUCUUCCAGUGGGAGUCCGUUCCCUUCGGACAAGGCCACGGAGCCGUACUGGCGCUCGACUACCCUACCCAUCGACACAUGCCGCAGCACCCCCGACCUUCCUCCUUGUGCCGAUAUUGUCAUCAUAGGUGCCGGCUAUUGCGGCGCCUCCAUCGCACACCACCUGCUCGCGGAGAUUGCGCGCCAGGGCAUCGCGGACCCCUCAAUUGUGAUCCUGGAGGCGCGUCAGGCGUGCUCGGGUGCCACGGGGCGCAACGGCGGCCAUCUCAAGCCGGACCCGUACCUGCGUGCGGCACAGGUGCUUGGCACGCAUGGCAAGAGCGUUGCCGAGCAUGUGGCCGUCUUUGAGGCACGGCAGGUCCAAGAGCUCAAGGAACUGGUGGAGGAGUGCGGCAUUGACUGCGACUUCGAGGAGACCAUGGUGACCGAUGUUUGCCUGGGUGACGAGAUCAGCGACAAGAUGGCACAGGCGCUGGAGCGAACAGUUGCCGCCGGCGUAUCAACCGCCCUAGCCGCCCAACACGAUGCUGGCCCUGAAGCUGAGCGGAUUUCUGGCGUGCGCGGCGCCAAAUCGUGCCUGAAGUACAAAGCCGCACGGCUGUGGCCAUACCGCCUGGUCUGCCACAUGCUGGAGGCCUGCGUCUCCCGCGGCGUCAACCUGCAGACGAUGACACCGGUCACAUCCGUGUCAACCUGCGACGACGGCGUUAGAUCGAUAGUCGCAACGCCGCGGGGCUCCAUCACGACCUCGAUCGUGAUCCACGCUACAAACGGCUAUAGCUCAGCACUCCUGCCCGAGCUACGGGACAAGGUCGUGCCGGUUCGCGGCAUCUGCGCACGGCUCACGGGCCCUGCACCGCACCCACCCAUCGCGGACAGCCACAUGCUGCGUAUCAAUGAUUCCGAGUACGACUACCUGCUGCCGCGACCGGACGGCAGCAUAAUCGUGGGUGGCGGACGGCGCGACUACUUCCACGAUCUCGCCAGCUGGUUCAACGUGUCUGAUGACGGGUCACUCAUCGAAGAGGCGUGCCACUACUUCGAUGGCUAUAUGCAGCGCCAUUUCAUCGGCUGGGAAGAUGCGGAUAUCCGUACGGACCAGAUAUGGACCGGCAUCAUGGGCUAUUCUAGCGAUGGCUUCCCCUACAUCGGCGCCGUGCCCGCCCGCCCCGGUACCUACGUCUGCGCUGGGUUUACGGGUCACGGAAUGCCCCAGAUAUUCAAUUCCGCCAAGUACAUCUCUCUGCUGGUCCUCAACGGCACAGUUGACGCGCAGCAUACCGUGCCCCUCCCCUACCAGAUCAACCCGGAGCGGUGGGACAGCACUCGGGAACACUCGUCACUGACUCUGUGGCGGUCCGUCAUGGUAUCGCGCGGCAGCAGAGAUUGA